AUGGUAGCGCAAAUCCAACCCUCCCUUGAGGAGGUAACCUCCAUCCUUGCAAAAUCCAGAUCCUCUCAAUAUCCUCCGAAUCUGGUGCCCUUGUGCGCUCAGAUCCCCGCCGAUUUAUUCACACCUACUGUCGCAUAUCUCAAAGUAUCCGCGGGUUCGAAACUGUCCUUUUUAUACGAGAGCGCAGCAACUACAGGCACGAUCGGGCGGUACAGUUUUGUCGGAGCCAAUCCUCUGAAAGUCCUCAAAUCCGGUCCCGGCCAUGGCCCUGAAGAAGAUCCCCUUCCUCGACUGGAGAAAGAGUUGUCACAAUAUAGGGUUGCCAGUGUCCCUUCACUACGGCUGCCGCCGAUGACAGGAGGCGUGAUCGGCUACGUGGGGUAUGAUUGUGUUCGGUACUUCGAGCCCAAAACGGCUCGGCCGAUGAAAGAUACUUUGAAGCUGCCGGAGAGUUUCUUCAUGCUGUACGACACCAUUGUCGCGUUCGACCAUUUUUUCAAUGUCUGCAAAGUCAUCACGUACCUUCGAGUGCCGGAGUCACAGUCCUCUGCGGACAUUGCAGCAGCAUACGAUAAAGCGAGCAAUACGCUGCAGAAGGUGAUCGCGACGUUGCAAGCCGAACACAUCCCACUCCCACAUCAACCGCCGAUCGCGCUGAACCAGCCCUCAAAAUCAAACAUAGGGAAGGAAGGUUAUGAGGCCCAUGUCCGGAAGCUGAAGCAACAUGUGAACGUGGGGGAUAUUAUUCAAGCGGUUCCGUCGCACCGAAUAUCACGCCCCACUACACUGCAUCCAUUUAACAUCUACCGACAUUUACGGACGGUUAAUCCGUCACCUUAUCUUUUCUACAUCGACUGCGAGGAUUUCAGCAUCGUUGGAGCGUCACCUGAGCUCUUGGUCAAGGAAGAAGCUGGGCGGAUUAUCACGCAUCCUAUUGCAGGCACAGUGAAGCGAGGACGAGACCCGGAGGAAGACGACAGACUGGCGGAUGAAUUGCGCAACAGCAUCAAAGACCGGGCGGAACAUGUCAUGUUGGUCGAUUUGGCGAGGAAUGACAUCAACCGUGUUUGCGAUCCUUUGUCCACUCGGGUCGACAGGCUUAUGGUGGUGGAGAGAUUCAGCCAUGUCCAACAUCUGGUUAGUCAGGUCUCUGGUGUCUUGAGGGAGGGCGAAAACAGGUUUACCGCCUUUCGAAGCAUAUUCCCGGCGGGGACGGUUUCAGGGGCGCCGAAAGUGAAGGCCAUGGAACUCAUCGCCGAGCUCGAGGGAGAAAAGCGUGGAGUCUAUGCUGGGGCAGUGGGAUAUUUUGGUUUUUCAAGGGUGUCUGCGGACGGCUCACGGGUCGAGGACGAAGGCGCAAUGGACACUUGUAUUGCAUUGCGGACAAUGGUCGUCAAGGACGGUGUGGCAUACUUGCAGGCCGGAGGCGGCAUUGUCUUCGACAGCGAAGAGGAGGAUGAGUGGUUUGAGACGAUGAACAAGCUGGGCGCAAACAUUAGGACGAUCGAGGAAGCCGAGAAAAGGUAUCUGGCACUGGAAAAGGCUGGAAACAGCCAUGCCAACGGAGCUGCAAGAUAG